AUGUCAGAGCCAAGAGCGAACAACGACUUCGGUCAGGUUGUCCACGGAGUGUACCGCUCGGGGUUCCCCAAUCUUCAGCACAACGGCCAGAAUCUGCGUGGUAUUCGUACCAUCCUGAAGCUUACAGACAGAGAAUAUGACGACGCAGAGGCAGAUUAUCUCAUCGACCACGCAGUUCGCAUCUUGCACCCACCUCUGCCGCGAGACCCUCUCCGUCCAAACGAAACUCCCCCUCGUCGCAACAUGCAAAGCGAGUUGAACAUGAACAGCGACAUUGACAGAAUCCUCGAGUUCGUGAUCGACACCAGAAACCACCCCAUUCUCAUUCACGGCGAUAAUGGAAAGCAUGCCACUGGGGCUAUGGUUGGAUGCUUCCGACGUGCCCAAGGCUGGGACCCAGCCGACAUCAUCCAUGAGUACCGACGAUAUGCAGGUGCAACUGCUCGCCACAAAGAUGAGAACUUCUUCUGCGUUUACCAGCCCGGCCAGAGACUCCUGGAGCUUGCCAGCCACCUGAACAUGACCGCCUGGGGCUCGUCGCGCGCCUCUGACCCACGCUGGUUCUCUUCUCUGCGUGAAACCGAGAGUCGUGAGAGUCUCCAGAGUCACCAGGGUACCCAGAGUCUUCGGGGUGGUGAGAACAACCAGAAUGACCAGGGCAACCAGGACCAGCAGAGCGUCCAGAGUAGCCAUCGCCGUCGCGAUAACCGCGGCCAUCGACGCAAUCGCAGCCACCAGAUCUCUCAGGGCAGCCAGAGCCAGCAGAGCCGCGGCGAGCGACACAGACACUGGAUACUUUGGUGA